AUGGACACCCUUGUGGCAAUGGAAUUGCUAGAAAAAUUCAAACAGGGUGACCAGUGGUUGUACAGUAAUUCUGAAAUGGCCACUAAAUUUCUCACCAAAGACAGUCCAGAUUCGUAUCUAGAUAUGAUCGCAUUUACAAACAAAACGCUGUAUCCUAUCUUUGGAAAUUUAGAAAGCGCAAUUCUUGAAGGAACUACGCAGUGGCAGAAGACGUUUGGAAUGUCUGCAGAAGACUUCUUUCCCAAUGUUUGUAACACCGAAGAAGCCAAAUUACGGUUCAUGGGGGCCAUGCAUUGUAAUUCACUCUAUGCAAGUUAUGCUGCUGCUAAAGCCAUUGAUCUAAGCGCGUACAGAAGCUGCUGUGAUCUAGGAGGUAAGUCAAAAAACGGAAAGUUCGAAUACAUCACACGAUAUUUUUAAACCUUUGCCUGUCAGCACUGUGAAAACAAUACUGGCUGAAGUUUAUUCCACCUCUUCUGAACGAGCAAUAUAAAGAAACCACGAUCAACAAGAAGACGCCCGAAGGCGUUUACGCGGGAUGUGUUGGUGUAAGAAAGAAUUACCAGUAUGUUGAAUGGCAAUGAAAAGUUGAGUAGUGUAUGCAACAACUGUGUGCAGGAGAGACGGAGAUGUUCUGUUAAGGACUAAUACACUAGAAGAUGAGUUACACACAAGGGUUCUUUUGCUACUCAAAACAAAACUUACAUCAAUAUUACCACCAUAAAAUGGUAGGAGUAUGGGGUAGUUCACUAAAAUUUGCAUUCCUUUACUAAUGUCCUCAAAAAAUGCACUUCCACAUUUAACAAUAGCAUGUAAUGUAUCAUACUUUCAAAAACUACAGGGGUGCAAGGCUGUGCUCUAGGGAAAAUUUCAGGGAGCCUUUCGGGCUCCCCAAGCAUUUUUAGCUGGGAUGCCCAGGCCUCCAAGUUGGUCGCCCAAAUUAAUAAAUCAAUGAGUUGUUAGUUAAAUUAUUUUCUUAACAAGUCAAGCAGACUUUUGUGAAUAUUUUUUUCAUGCAAAAUCACAUCCCUUUGACUGGGCUCCUGAGCUUGCGAAAAAAAAAACCCGCAUGUUGUCAUAUGAAAGUAAGUUUUCGCGCCAUAUUAGAAACAUGGGCAACGCCGCCGAAUAUUUCAUGUUUUUUAAAUGGAAAAGUAAGAUUCUGGUCUGUUUGUGUCUAGUUGGAGUUAUGAAAAGCGGGUUAGCACACAUUUGUAAUUUUUCACAACUUUCCCUGUCUAAUAGCUUGACAUAUGUUUACUGUGUUGGUUUGUUAUGUCGUUUUUUUUUAGGCUUGUUUUGUGGCUAGGGAUCCGUGUAGAAGUGGAUGUAGACUGAAUUACUAUCUUAACCCCCCCCCCCCCCCUUUUUUCAAUUCACUCCAACUCCUUAUUUAAUAACUUGGAUGCAUUCUGAUAACAAAGCGCACACAUCCAACAUAGUUGUGUUUCCAGUGGAGUUAUCGUAUUUUUUUUGUACACUUUCAUCGAUCCUACCGCGUGAUUUAUAUAUAUAAGUUGAGAUUAUAAAAUCCUGGGUUAAACGCUUCCAGUUUCUUUUGAAAAUUUCCCUUUUCAAUUUGUUGACAUUUUUUUUUUUUUUUUGUUGUUUUUUUGGUUUUUUUUUUGCUUUUUUUGUGGGUAGGGAUCCGGGGGGAAGUGGAAGUUGACUUGAUUAUUUUCUUCCCCCCCCCCCCCCCGAUUUUUUUCCUUACCUACAAUUCUUUCUUUAACACAAGUGACAGUUAUUUGAAAUCAGCGCGCGCCUAAAGCUGGUUUCAGUGCCGCUUAGCAGUUUAGUUUAAUAUUGGUCACCUUGAGAAAAGUUUCCCGGAGAGCAUCAUGUAAAGCUCUGAGAUGGGAGAAAGUUAUUACAAUUCGCAAGUCUGACUCCUGUUCAAAAUCCGUUAAGAAAUUGUGUAAAUCGCUCCUAUUUACCAGAAAAAUGGCCACAGCAGCCUUAAAUAGAAAAAAGAUAGAGAUGGAGAAACGCGUUAAUUACCGUUUUUAACAUUCCCGAUGGGGAAAACACGGCUACCUUUUUGGAGGUUACGUGUCUGCCAACAAUUUUUCGCUGGGUUUACACAAAAAUUCUAUCCAAGCAAGAUUUUCGGAAAAUUAGUUGUAAAUGUGGUAAAAAGCAAACGAGCUAUGACUCUGUUUGCUGCAAUGGAAAUUUAAAAUUCCCUGCUAUUUCUCUCUGCUCUAGGGGCUGUGGGAACUCUCGCCUAUGCUCUCUGUCAGUUCUACCCUGAAAUGAAGAUAACAGUUUGUGACUUGGAGCCAGCCGUGAGUUUAGCCCAUCUGUUCCGACCAUCAGUUGAAGCUUGCCCAAAUCAAGCCAAUGUUUCCUUUGCGGUCGGCGAUUUCUUCAAACCUGAAACCAUACCAAAGGCCGAUUUGUAUGUGUUGUCUCACGUUCUCCACGACUGGUCAGAGGAUAAAGUUGACUUGAUUCUUUCAAAUGUCUACAAGUGCUUACCCUCAGGUAAUUUCUGAAUAGAAAGAAGGUUUUGCCGUUCUUUAAGGGAUCCAGCACGCACGUACGGAAAUACGUGCGUGAAAUUAAAUCCAAGCAGAAAAUACUAGGUUCAGCACGUAACUUACAGUUCGGAUCAAGAAAACGAGGUUUAUUAUGUCUUUGGUUUAAUUACUUACUGAGAGGGCAUCAAGGAUUACAGUUCAAGCAGGAAAGCUGUAAAUGAUCGAUCUGAGUGAAAUCCUACACACGAGCGUCAAAAAUCGUGGCUUUGUGACGCCAAAACACUUAACACACCCAUAUUAAAGUCCAAACUUACAAGAAACGCCUUAACAGCUUUACAAUGUUUUUCCCUCAUGAAUUGUAACGAAAACGAACUUUAAUUUUGAAUUCACGGUCUUUAGUCUUUAAGCGAAAUGAGCCCGCGAACUGACUGAUGAAGAAGUGCUUUGGUAACAAAGGGCGUUUUAAUCUAGCAUGCAGCCAACACGGUAACGGUUGACAGUGCAUAUAGAAAUGGCGUAUAAGAUUAUUGUAUGACCAAUCAUCACUCUUGCUAGCCUGACUUCGUCAGUGCUGGAGACGUUUUAACUUCCUCAGUAACUGAGGGUUUAAAAACGACUCGAAGUAAUCGUCUGAAAUUCAGGUUACUCUGUUGCCAUCAAAAGGCAAACAACGCGCCAUUUUUCAUAUCCCUUUUAUUUUUUUCAGGUGGGGGACUCCUCAUUUGCGAACGGAUUUUAAACGAAGACAAACGUGGCCCAUUGCCUUCUCUCAUUUUCAGUCUUCUAAUGUUGGUGUCUACAGGUGGAAAAGAGAGAUCAGCUUCAGAAUACAAGCAUCUCCUGGAAAAGCAUGGGUUUGUAGAUGUUCAAGCGAAAAGUGUUUAUUUUACUCAAGAUGCCAUUUUCUGCAGAAAGAUGUAA